GUGGAGCAAACUCAGGUCUCCCUCACGCUCACUAGUGUGUGUAAUUGUGAGAGAGAGAGAGAGAGUUGCAGCAAUUGAUGAUACAAUGCUGCACGAAUUACUACUGGCGUUAUUAGGUUACACCGGAGAUCUUAUCAUCGACGAAAGAGAGCACCAAGAAUCUCUCGGCAUUCACUUGUCUCCCGACGCACCCAUUUCUGAGCAACGCACCUUCAAACUCGCCCCUGAUAUCUCUUUCAUCGAACCCAGCGAUAGGGAUGUUAUUGAGUCUUUGAUUACAUUAGGGUUUUACUAUAGGGAACUCGAUCGAUUUGCAACAAAAUCCCGGAAUUUGAGUUGGAUUAGGUCUGCGAAUGAGCAUCCUUUGUCACGGGCCUCUGAGUUAUCGAAACUGAAGAAGGAGACACAGAGCGUGUACAGGAGGGCCAUUGCUAAUGGCAUUGUUGAGGUUCUUUCAGUUUACAGGUCGGCUGUUCUGCAGGUUGAACAGCAAUUGUUGUCUGAUUCUCUGCCCAUCUUGGCAACGGUUACUCAAGGCCUCAAUAAGUUCUCUAUGCUGUUGCCACCUCUUUACGAGAUCAUCUUAGAGAUUGAGAGGGAUGGAAUUUCUGGAGGGCGACUUCUUAACCUUUUGCAUAAACGAUGCCAUUGUGGGGUGCCUGAAUUGCAGGCGUGCAUUCAGAGGCUUCUUUGGCAUGGGCAUCAGGUCAUGUACAAUCAACUUGCAUCGUGGAUGGUGUAUGGGAUUCUUCACGACCCAUAUGAAGAAUUUUUCAUAAGCAGGCAGGAGGAUAGGGAUACGGAACAUGACUCGUCUCCAGAUGUGCUUGAGAAGUUGGCACGCAUGUCUACUAAUGAUGUAUCUCUAUCAGAUUGGCACUUGGGAUUCCAUAUUUCUCUGGAUAUGCUGCCAGAGUAUAUCCCAAUGCGUGUCGCAGAAUCUGUUCUCUUUGCUGGAAAAGCUGUCAGGGUUCUUCGAAAUCCAAGUCCUGCCUUCCGAUUCCAUGAUUCACCAUCUCAUCCACAGAUACCAAGAGGAUCACAAAGAAUUCAAGGAUUUAUGGAACGUCUUUCUUUCCAAAAGGACCCCUCCAUGGACACCAAGUUGAUUGGAGAAGAGUUGCUUCCACAGUCUGAAGCUGAUAAGAUCGAAGCUAUGCUUCAAGACUUAAAGGAAUCAUCUGAGUUCCACAAAAGAUCAUUUGAAAAUGCUGUUGACUCAAUUCGUGCUAUUGCAGCCAGUCAUCUUUGGCAGCUUGUUGUUGUACGAGCCGACUUAAAUGGCCACUUAAAGGCCCUUAAAAACUAUUUUCUUUUAGCAAAAGGUGAUUUCUUCCAGAGUUUCCUUGAGGAGAGUCGCCAGUUAAUGUGUUUACCGCCUCGUCAGUCAACUGCUGAAGCUGCUCUCAUGGUUCCAUUUCAGCUGGCGGCGAUAAAGACUAUUGGUGAUGAAGAUAAAUACUUCUCAAGGGUGUCUUUGCGGAUGCCUUCUUUUGGAGUUUCGGUUAAAUCCUCCCAAGUAGAUUUGUCAAAGGCCAAAGUUCACACUGAUGGAGAGCCAGGGGCCCAACCAGAUAUGUUUUCGGAGAUGUCCAUUGAUGGCUGGGAUGGGAUUGCUCUUGAAUAUUCUGUUGACUGGCCAUUACAGUUGUUCUUUACACAAGAAGUGCUCUCUAAGUAUCGCAGGAUUUUUCAGUAUUUGCUACGGCUUAAGCGAACACAAAUGGAAUUGGAAAAGUCAUGGGCUUCUGUGAUGCAUCAAGGUCACUCACAUUUUGCUGAACAUCGUAAUGAUCGUAUGAGUUGCCGUCAACAUUUUACGCCAAUGUGGCGUGUUAGGGAGCACAUGGCCUUCUUGAUAAGAAAUCUUCAAUUUUAUAUCCAGGUGGAUGUGAUAGAAUCUCAGUGGAAUGUACUGCAAGCUCAUAUUCAAGAUUCUCAUGAUUUUACAGAAUUGGUGGGCUUCCAUCAAGAGUAUUUAUCUGCUUUAGUUUCACAAUCAUUCUUGGACAUUGGCUCCGUGUCCAGAAUACUGGACAGCAUAAUGAAACUUUGCCUUCAGUUCUGCUGGAAGAUUGAGAACCAAGAAAGCAAUGGAAACACUGUUGAACUGGAGCAUAUAACUGAGGAAUUCAACAAGAAAUCAAAUUCCUUGUAUACUAUUCUGCGAAGUAGCAGGCUAGCUGGGAGCCAGCGGGCCCCAUUUCUGAGGCGUUUUCUUCUGCGUCUUAACUUUAAUUCAUUCUUUGAGGCAACUGCUAGAAGUGUACUGAAUGUUGUCAGACCACGCCCAAUAGUCCCAGUUUUGCAAUAAUAUCCUCUUUGUUUUUUGUUUUUUUUUUGGGGGGAAAGUGGUUUUGCAAUGGUUUCAGCAUCUCUCUGAUUUGGAGGCUUCCCAUGUGAUUAACUACAAGUGAUCGGCCCAUUUUAGAGUAAACUUUGUUCUCAGUCUGUGACCUUGCUGUGAUUGAGGCCUAUGAAAAUCGGAUGGUGUUUUUGGUUGCUGCCGUGCUUCCAUGUUCCCUCUUCUCUAUGAACCCCGAACCGCUCCAACUCUUAACUUUAGUUGUUGGUUUACCUCGUGGAUCCACUUGCUGCGUGUUGAGGCUCCACUUAUCUAUCCUGGCCCAGAAAAGUGACCGACCCAGGGUGUGCAGUGUCUGGCUUAUUAUGGUGGUAUGUUGUGUUUUUUAUUAGUGAAAAUACUUACAUUUGAGAAAUACUUGCAUAGUAUAAUGUUUUUGCUUUUUUAAAAAAAUAUUUAAUUUUGUAAUUUGUUGUCUUUGUUCUCUAUACAUCAAAUAUGAACAUGUGCAUAAUGUCUACAUUUUGCUUGCCAAGACAAAAUGAUGAAAAA